GACUGUCUGGAUGUGCCCGCACCUGUCGGCAACAUGAAAGGUCUUGUAAAGUAUAUAAGCACUCAUGAAUGUAGUUAGAUACCAACUACCAACAUCUCCACACCAUCCCCCUUGUUUGUCUACACAGUCGACUUUUUACCGCUACAUUAUGCCUGCUAACUUCAGUGGAACAUGGAGCCUCGCCAAGAGCGAAGGUCUCGCACCACUUCUGGAUGCUCUCAAAGUUCCAGCAGAAAAAAGACCAUCUGACGAAGGUUCUACAGUAGUCAUCACCCAGUCCGGUGACAGUUUCGUCAUCAAGACAACCACAGCCGCUGGAACACGCGAGGCCAAAUUCUCUAUCGGUAUUCCUUUCGUGGAUCAAGACGUCAAAGAAUUGAGAGGCAAAGACAUUGAAGUAACAGCAGCAUGGGAGGGAGACAAAUUGGUAUUGAAAGGAGCAGGUGGCAACUCAGUGACACGCGAGAUAGUCGGUGGUCAGAUGGUAGUCACCUUCGACUUUGGUGGCAUCAGUGCCAAGAGAUAUUUCAACAAGUCUUAAAUUAUUUCUAUUUAGAAAAUUAGCAUACGAUGUGUUAUGAACUAAAUGAUUGUAUCAUCGAGCUAACUGAGAUAAGAAUAUGUAUGUUAGUCUUAUUAACACAACAGCUUAAAAUGACAUAUUUUAUACUAAAUGUUACCGUUUCGAUAUUUUUUAAAUAGAUUAUAUAUUAAAUCCUAGUUAUCGUAUAGCCUAAAGGUUAGGCUAUCAGAAAACCAGAAUUUAAUUCUGAUCUCAGUAAUUAUUGCUUCUUGCAUAAAUGUAAAGUAGGUAGUGUAGACCUAUGCCUAAACAUGCACUCAAACAUUAUAUAAAUGAUAAAUACGGUAACCAACGUGCCCUAACAUGGUGCACCGAAUUGUAACUAUUUUUUAGCGCAUGUGCAGUGUAUAAUUACUAUAUAGGCCUAGGCCUGUUGAAAGAGCUGAAGCCUAGACAACAAACACACGUUAUCUAAAUAAAACACCAAGCCUCAGUAUGGGGAUACACCCCUCUAGCUGAUCAUAUGGUCUUCCAAAAUCUAUUCUGCACCUUAACCGCUGAUAAAAAAAAACUAGCUACCAUGGACAGAAAACAACUGAAAUAUCCGAAUUUCAAUGAAGCAUGUUGCCUAUCAAACGGUUGAAAAGAACAUAAAUUUGUAACAAAGUUGACGUGGGUAACAAACAGAAAAUCGAAAAUAAAAUGUAUAAAAUCUGUA